UGUGAUCCCUGUGUGUGUGAUCUGUGUGUGAUCCGUGCCGAGACCACCCGUUCCUGAGGAGCUCAGGGAGAGCCGAGCAUCCUGAGCCGCACAUUCCCGGCGGAUCCCCCAGCUGGGAGCUCCGGCUCCAGCUCCUGCAGCUCCCCGAGAGAGAUAAAGAAGCCCGCGCACCGUCGGCGGGGAUGCCGGUGAAGCCGGCGCGCUGCCUCCCCCUCCGUGCCAGCGGCUGACUGGAAGCUGGAAUGUUUCCCAUCCCGGGCGAUGCCCAGCCCUGCCCCUAGCCUGCCUUCCCAGGGGUGACAUUCCCGCUUUGCUGCUGUUCGGAGAGCAGAGCCACCGAGCAUGCCGCAGGAAGCCCCUCGGCAGCCCAAGCCCAGGGGAGUUUUCCAGUGAGUCCAGCUCCUCCACAGCCAAAGUUGCCCCUUCCCACCCUCGGACAGCAAAUUCCCCUGCGGGUGUUGAGGUCCUGGAGAGCGGGCUGGAGGAGGGGGCUGCCAUGGAAGAGAAUGUGUUCAGCGUGCAGCAGAUCCAGCCCAACGUCAUCUCGGUGAGGCUCUUCAAGCGCAAGGUGGGCGGCCUCGGGUUCCUGGUGAAGGAGCGCGUCAGCAAACCGCCCGUCAUCAUCUCGGACCUGAUCCGGGGCGGGGCUGCCGAGCAGAGUGGCCUCAUCCAGGCUGGGGACAUCAUUCUGGCCGUCAAUGGCAGGCCCCUCGUGGACACGAGCUAUGAGACGGCGCUGGAGAUCCUGAGAAGCAUCGCCUCUGAGACCUACGUGGUGCUCAUCCUGCGCGGCCCCGAGGGCUUCACCACUCACCUGGAGACCACUUUUACGGGUGACGGGACGCCCAAAACCGUCCGUGUCACCAGACCCCUGUGCCCGGCUCCCAAGGCGGUUGACUUGUCCAACCCGAGCAAAGAGCAGCCAGCAGCCAUGGGAUCGCUGUGGAGCAGGGAAACGGGCAAGGAGGUGGAGCCCCAUGUCCACGUUAACGGGCUCGUGUCCGGCAGCAAAGGGCCGGAGGGCGGCAGGGGCAAGGACGGGGCUUGUGCUCACUCCUGCCUCAACGGCGGUGUGGAGGACAACGAGCUGCUCAAAGAGAUCGAGCCCGUCCUGGACUUGCUGAAGAGCAGCAGCAGUAAGGACAGCGAUGGAGAUGCGCCCUCCAAGGUAGAGACACGGGAUAUAGAAGUCCAGGUGGACUGUUUCAGGGAAGGGGAGAACAAUCCCCAGAAAGCUCUGCCGGCUCGGAUGGAGAACGAUCGUGUCCCGGGGGACCUGUGGGGGAAGAGCAACGUCCCCGUGGUCCUGAACAACCCCUGCUCUGAAGGACAGCAGCCGCCGCCAUCCGGGCGCCAGUCCCCAACCAAGAACGCCAAUGGGAGCCCUUCCAAAUGCCCCCGCUUCGUGAAAAUCAAGAACUGGGAGACAGGCUCCGUGCUCCAUGACACCCUGCACCUCAAGACUGCCAUGGCCACGGCGUGCACCGAGCAGAUCUGCAUGGGCUCCGUGAUGACCCCCAGCCCCCACAUCCGCAAGGCAGAGGACACCAGGAGCAAGGAGGAGGUGCUGCUUCUGGCCAAGGACUUCAUUGACCAGUACUACUCCUCCAUAAAGAGAUCCGGCUCCAAGGCCCACAUGGAGAGGCUGGAGGAGGUGACCAAGGAGAUUGAGGCCACUGACACGUACCAGCUGCGGGACACGGAGCUGAUCUACGGAGCCAAGCACGCCUGGAGGAACGCGGCGCGCUGUGUGGGCAGGAUCCAGUGGUCCAAGCUGCAGGUGUUCGAUGCCCGGGACUGCACCACGGCCCAUGGGAUGUUCAAUUACAUCUGCAACCACAUCAAGUACGCCACCAACAAGGGGAACCUCAGGUCUGCCAUCACCAUCUUCCCGCAGCGCACGGACAGCAAGCACGACUUCCGCAUCUGGAACGCGCAGCUGAUCCACUACGCCGGCUACAAACAGCCCGACGGCUCCGUGCUGGGCGACCCCGCCAACGUGGAGCUCACCGAGAUCUGCAUCCAGCAAGGCUGGAAGGCUCCGUACGGGCGCCUCGAUAUCCUGCCCCUGCUCCUCCAAGCCAAUGGCAACGACCCCGAGCUCUUUGAAAUCCCACCAGAGCUCGUGCUGGAAGUGCCCAUCCGACACCCCAAGUUUGAGUGGUUUAAGGACCUGGGCCUGAAGUGGUACGGGCUGCCAGCCGUUUCCAACAUGCUCCUGGAGAUCGGGGGCUUGGAGUUCUCGGCCUGCCCCUUCAGCGGCUGGUACAUGGGCACGGAGAUCGGCGUCCGCGACUACUGCGACAACUCCCGCUACAACAUCCUGGAGCAAGUGGCCAAGAAAAUGAACCUGGAUAUGAGGAAAACGUCCUCGCUGUGGAAGGACCAGGCCCUGGUGGAGAUCAACAUCGCCGUGCUCUACAGCUUCCAGAGUGACAAGGUGACCAUCGUGGAUCACCACUCGGCCACCGAGUCCUUCAUCAAGCACAUGGAGAACGAGUACCGGUGCCGGGGGGGCUGUCCCGCCGACUGGGUGUGGAUCGUGCCGCCCAUGUCGGGCAGCAUCACCCCCGUCUUCCACCAGGAGAUGCUCAACUACCGCCUGACACCCUCCUUUGAGUACCAGCCGGACCCCUGGAACACCCACGUCUGGAAAGGGGUGAAUGGGACACCCACCAAGAAGAGGGCCAUUGGCUUUAAGAAGCUGGCAAAGGCUGUGAAGUUCUCAGCCAAGCUGAUGGGCCAAGCCAUGGCCAAGAGGGUCAAGGCCACCAUCCUGUAUGCCACGGAGACGGGGAAGUCCCAGGUCUAUGCAAAAACCCUCUGUGAGAUCUUCAAGCACGCCUUUGAUGCCAAGGUGAUGGCCAUGGAUGAGUAUGAUGUGGUGCACCUGGAGCACGAGACCAUGGUCCUGGUGGUCACCAGCACCUUCGGCAACGGGGACCCUCCUGAGAACGGAGAGAAAUUUGGCUGUGCAUUGAUGGAGAUGAAAAAUCCCAACUCCAACCUGGAGGAGAGGAAGAGCUACAAGGUUCGGUUCAACAGCGUCUCCUCCUACUCGGACGCACGGAAAUCCUCCAGUGAUGGCCCUGACUCCAGGGACAACUUCGAGAGCACGGGGCCCCUGGCAAAUGUCAGGUUCUCCGUGUUUGGGCUGGGCUCCAGGGCUUACCCCCACUUCUGCGCCUUCGCCCGCGCCGUGGACACGCUCCUGGAGGAGCUGGGGGGAGAGAGGAUCCUCCGCAUGGGAGAGGGGGAUGAGCUCUGUGGCCAGGAGGAAUCCUUCAGGACCUGGGCCAAGAAGGUCUUCAAGGCAGCGUGUGACGUGUUCUGCGUGGGGGACGACGUGAACAUCGAGAAAGCCAACAACUCCCUGAUCAGCAACGACCGCAGCUGGAAGAGGAGCAAGUUCCGCCUGACCUACGUGGCUGAGGCCCCGGAGCUCACACAAGGACUGUACAGCAUCCACAAAAAACGUGUCUAUGCAGCCCGGCUCCUCACACGCCAGAACCUGCAGAGCCCCAAGUCCAGCCGCCUGACGAUUUUCCUGCGCCUGCACACCAACGGGCACCAGGAGCUGCAGUACCAGCCCGGGGACCACCUGGGCGUCUUCCCGGGCAACCACGAGGACUUGGUCAAUGCCCUCAUCGACAGGCUUGAGGAUGCCCCUCCAACCAACCAGCUGGUGAAGGUGGAGCUGCUGGAGGAGAGGAGUACAGCUCUAGGUGUCAUCAGUAACUGGACAGACGAGAACCGUGUCCCACCCUGCACCAUCUUCCAGGCCUUCAAGUACUACCUGGACAUCACCACCCCUCCCACCCCGCUGCUGCUGCAGCAGUUUGCUCUGCUGGCCACCAGUGACAAGGAGAAGAAACGUCUGCAGGUCCUCAGCAAGGGCCUGCAGGAAUACGAGGAGUGGAAGUGGUCCAAGAACCCCACGAUCGUGGAGGUGCUGGAGGAGUUCCCCUCGGUGCAGAUGCCCUCCACGCUGCUGCUGACCCAGCUGCCCCUCCUGCAGCCUCGCUACUAUUCCAUCAGCUCGUCCCCAGAGAUGUACCCAGGGGAGGUGCACCUCACCGUGGCUGUGGUGUCCUACCGCACCCGAGAUGGAGAGGGACCCAUCCACCACGGAGUGUGCUCCUCAUGGCUCAGUCGCAUCCAGACGGAUGAAGUGGUGCCCUGCUUUGUACGAGGUGCCCCCGGCUUCCACCUGCCCCAGGACCCCCAGGUGCCCUGCAUCCUCAUCGGCCCCGGCACCGGCAUCGCCCCCUUCCGCAGCUUCUGGCAGCAGCGGCUCUUCGACAUCCAGCACAAAGGGCUGAAGCCGUGCCCCAUGGUGCUGGUGUUUGGCUGCCGGCAGUCCAGGAUCGACCACAUCUACAAGGAGGAGACGCUGUUUGCCAAGAGCCAAGGUGUCUUCAGAGAGCUGUACACGGCCUAUUCCCGGGAACCCGACAGACCAAAGAAAUACGUGCAGGACGUGUUACAGGAGCAGCUGGCCCAGACCGUGUUCAAAGCUCUGAAGGAGCAGGGAGGCCACAUCUACGUCUGCGGGGAUGUCACCAUGGCUGGGGACGUCCUCAAGGCCGUGCAGCUCAUCGUGAGGCAGCAGGGCCAGCUGUCAGCAGAGGAGGCAGGAGCCUUCCUCAGCAAGCUGCGGGAUGACAGCCGGUACCACGAGGAUAUUUUUGGAGUCACCCUGCGCACGUACGAGGUGACAAACCGCCUUAGAUCCGAGUCCAUCGCCUUCAUCGAGGAGAGCAAAAAAGACACGGAUGAGGUUUUCUGCUCCUAACUGGACCCUUCGCCCCCAGGGGAUGCCAAACCAGUCCCAGCACCUGCUGCCCCCUCCAGCUGGAGGGCACUGGGUUUUGUAUUUCACGGACACGGUGGCUCCUUUCCCAGGGGAACUGCCCAUGGAAAGCGCUCUGUCUCUCAUCCUGUUAUUGUGUCCUGAUGAUGAUGAUGAUGAUGAUGAUGAUGAUGACUUUUAUUUCCUUUCCUUCCUCCUUCUCUUGCUCUUGUCCUGUAGCCAUUUCUUUUCACCUCCUUCCCCUCCCCUGGAUUUCCCCACUGGAGUUGGAUGGCUUUGUAACCUGCAGUGGCUCUUUUCAGAAUUCCACACUUCCACUCCUUCCCGUGAGGGCAUUUUGCAGCUGCAUGAAAUCACCACCUUUGUGAUCAUUUGUGGGAGUUCCUGGGGGUGAGCAGAGGUGGCAGGGGCUGGGCAAUGGCGAGGUCUUGUUGCUUGUCCAGAGCUGGGGGUUGUUCCUGCCAGGCUCCCUCUUUCCCCAGCUCGGGGCUUGGCUGAAUCCUUGUGUUUUCGUGGCUUUUCUCUGGAUUUGGACAAAUCUGGGCAUAUGCCCGAGGCUGGGGGCAGAUGAUGUGCAAUUCCCUUGAAUUGUAUUCAUCCCCAAGCAGCCUGGGUACAGCUGUGUGGUUUUUGAUCUGAUUUAUGUGUCAUGAUUGCUCCUAAAUGGGCCCUGCUCUGUCUCUCUUCCCUGCUCUCUUUUCCUGCUCCCUGUGAGCCUCUCCUUUUGCUCACUCCCAACUUUUGCUGCCAAGGAAGUUCUCCCACAAGCUCUGAGCACACAGGCUGAUGUGCAGGCUGAGGAAAAGCUCCUGGCAGUGACUUCUCCAGGAGGUUUUCCAGGGAAUAUUUGAUCUGCAGCCAUGCUGGCUGCACCCAGAGCUCUGCAUGCCCUGAUCCCUCUCCCAGACGAGCCUGGAAAGCCACGAGGAUGGGACAGAAGCAGCUCCCAGAGGGAACAAAGGCAGCUCUUGGAAGGGGAUGGAGGCUCCAGGUCUUUGGUGAGGAUGUGCCAACAGAGGAAUCAUGAAAUGCCAGAGCCAGCAGCUCUUAACCCAUCUCAUGAGCGCUUCUGGGACAGCAGAUCCCAGCCCUUUCCACGUUUCAGGGAGCAGAAAGUGCCACCAUGGAGCCACCUGCCUGCCAGGAGAGACGUGUGUGGCGUUUUGGGUUGAGGCCCCUCUGUGCCACCUGCCAGUGGCAUGAGCUGUCUCAGGCAGGACAGCUCCUGUGAGAAGGGAGGUGAGAUCAGCUGCAAAGGUGCUGGGCUCUGACACGCUCACACCUCAGCCCUGCUGCAAGGGCCUGGCCCCAAAAGCAAUUUAACACAACCACAGAAAGGUUGGAGGAAACAGAAAGGCUCUGACAGAGAAAAGCUGUCUGCAAGGGAAAGCAAACGUGACCUUGUGUGUCCUUCCUGCUGCUGCACCCUGGAGAAUCACAGAACAUUCUGAACUGGAAGGGACCCACAAGGAUCCAGCCCAGCUCCUGAUGAAUGGCCCAUCCAGGGAUUGAACCUUGGCAUUUUUUGGCUCUGCCCAUCCCAGGUUUGUCCUCCCUCACUGCCACCACAAGGACAGCAGGGCACGGCUGCAGCUCUUGCUGCAGGCAGGCAUGCAGGGUUGGCAUCUUGAGGUGGCAGCUGCUGAUCCUCCCCUCCUGCCCUGCUGUGCCCAGCUGUGCAUGGAUAUCCUGGAUGGAGCUGAGCUCCUGAACUGCUGACAGCACAGGCAUUGCCCAGGAGCUUUCACAGGGCUCAGUUCUCCUGCCCUGAGCUAAAGGCAGCACAGAAUGAGCUGCAGGAGCUCUGCUGCUCUCCCAGCCCUUGGAACAAGCCCCACCAUCCCGGGCUGUGCUGUUAUUCCCACCCUCAGCCAGGAUCUCCUGCCACAUCUCCGUGGGCUGUGACACCUUCUGCAACUUCGACACCCUGAAGCAUCUCCCGCCCAAAACCCAGGAGCAAAAGGGCUCCAGGCACCGGGAGAAUUUGAGAUCCAUGUCUGCUGGUGUCAGCUGAGCAGCCAACACGGGAUAAAACGAGUAAAUGCUGCCACGGUGUGGCCAGAGCUGAGCCGGCAGGGCUGGGACACACGGCCGGCUCUGUGGCACUGCCUCGACCUGGCGAGCACGGAGGAAAGGACAGCCCACCCCAAAGCCAGGGCAGGCAGAGGGAUGGGGCCCUUGGCUUGGGGUAUGUGAGUUUGGGACAGGUCCUGACUGGGAGAAAACUCCCUGGGCUCCAGAGCUGGGAACUUGCAGCAAGCUUGGCCUUGACCCCCAUCCUGGGGCUGCAGCAACAAAGCGAAAAUCAGAAAAAUCAGAACGAAAAUCAGAAAGAAAAUCAGAAAGAAAUUCAAACGCAUCCUCUUCUUCUGGGAAAUUCUGGCUCCAGCUUUAUGCUCUGGUUCUCCUUUAGAAGAAGAAGGGAAGAUGCAACCUGAUGAGGAGGAGGAGGUAAUGCCCAAAGAAACAUCUCUGUCCUCUUCCCAGCUCCUACUGAGGUGCUUCAAGGUUUCCCUCCUGCCCUGCCUCCUGCCUGCCCUGCUGUACCACCUGCAGCCCGUGCCUGAGCUGGAUUUUCUCGGAUUUUGUGCAUCCCAAAGCUCAUCAGCUCCAUGUCCCCUCCUGCUGUAGCACCUGCAGCCCUCCUGCCAUGGGUCUGCAGAGGGUCUGGGCCAGGCAGGCAGAGCUCAGCAAACACCUGAGCCUGAGCCCUUGGAAGGGGAAUGCUGGUUUAGGGCUCCCUGCCUGGACCUGGAGCAGAAACCCCCUCCCUGCCAUGAAGGUCCAUGAGGUUAAACCCCCCCAGGGCUCCGAGCUGCCUCUGCUCCUGCUGGCUCCUCACAAGCUGCACCACUGGGAAUUUUGAUUCACUCUUUGCUGUUGAGUCAGUCUCAGAUGUCUGAACUGCUCCCCUUCAUCCCCUCCAGCUGCAGGGGCUUCGCACUCCCCUCGAGCUGCAUUUUCUCCCAUAGCAACAGGGAAAAGAAACUUGUGGAUGUGCUUUAUUAUUCCUGAGAUGUGGCUCUUCCAGCCUGGCCUCUGCUCAUCUCCCUGUGGCCUUUCUGACGUGCAGGUGUAGCCACAAAAUCUCUGCUAUGAACACAGAGGGAGGUGGGUCUGCCCCAGCCCGGGGCCCUGAGCUGCCCCAGGGGUCACACACACAGGGGUUGUGCCUCUGGGGCACUCAGGUGACAAAUCUGUCCCCUCUGGGCGCCUGCUGCCCACCCCUCCUGUGCUGGACCUGAUGGACCCAGCCUGGCUCUCCUGAGGAUCUCCACCACCCCAGUUUGGAGCAGCUCUUCUCCUUUUCACUCUCCAGGUGUUAAAGAGCCUCUUCUCCGAACAGGAGGUUUGCUUUUCAAGACACUACAAAGUGAUAUUUCUGCAAAGAUUUCACUUCCUCGUUCUUUCAAGUGUCCACAGAGAGUCAUUUAUAUGGAUUUGAAAUCCCAGGGGGAAAGGUUCUGUGUUUUCCCACCCUGCUGUGCCCACCAGCAGGGAAAAACCACUCGGUGCACGGCUAUCCAGUGCUGUGCUCUUGGUGAUUUCCAAGGUUUCAUCUCCUGGGAAGGGCUGCCUGGGAGUUUGUUGUUCUUCUGUUUAUGAGAGACAAGGGUAAAACAGUGAGACAGGGGCAAAACAGUGAGACAGGGGCAAUUCAAUGAGACAAGGGGAAAACAAUGAGACAAGGGGAAAACAAUGAGACAAGGGGAAAACAAUGAGACACCUGCCACCAUGAGUGGCCUCACAGAGCUGUCACCUCCACACCAUGGCCUGAGCUUGUUGCUCGAGAGGAGCUGAGCCAAACUGGCCAGAGGAUGGGAUGUGGCUCUGUGCUGUCCCUGUGCCCUGUGUGCCUGUGUGUCCCCAGGGGGAGCAGGGACUGUGUGCAGCCCCUGGGCACAGGGAUCUGAGCGAUCUGAGGGAUCUGAGUGCUGCAGCUGUGUCCUGGCCAGGAGGCACACCCUGCAGGGAGGCUGUGGGGACAGAGGGGACAAUGCCCCCGUGUCCAGCCUGUGGCUGCUCCUUCCCUGGCAGUGUGUGACUCCUCUGCCCCAUCCUGGCUGUUCCCCUGGGAUCCCUCCCUUGCCUGCCCAGCUGGGGGCACAGGGAUCCCAGUGCACAGCACUGCUCCUGCCUCGGGCUCCCUGUUCCCCUGGGAUAACUGGGAGCAGACCCAGCCCCAUCUCCCUGAGCUGGGGUUCCACACGGGGAUGGAGGUGGGGAGAGGUCACAGUGUGGGUGCAGAUUGGGCUGGGAACUCUGCCACACCCUGGAGACCCCGUUCUGGUUAAACUGGGGGGAGAGGUCGUGGUUGUGCUCACAACCUCAUGGACUUGCACCAAGCCCAAGCCAAAGCUGCUGCCUCCUGACUUCUGACCACUGAAGCCAUUCCAUUGCCCCCUACCGAGGGUUCCCACCAUUUUUUGGAAGGAUGAUUUUAUGCUCAAAACUCGAUUCUGUUCCUGCUUUCACCAGGGACCCGUUCUCAGCUUCAGAACUGCUCUGAUAACUCUGCAAUUGCAUUGACAGUUCCAGAGGGGAGCACAGUCCCUUCACACAACAGAUGGAGACUCAUUUGCAGGACCAUUCAACUUUGCUGUAACUCCCUGUUUGUUGUAACAAUUCCUUCUGCUGUAACAGGGAGAGCAAAAUUUGGCCAGUGCUCUUGAAAAACCUGUAAUCCUAAACUUGGAUAAAAUCAGCCUGAAAUCCAAGUCCUCCCAGAUCCCAAAUGCCUUCCACACCUGCUGGCUUCAGUGGCACUGGGGAUUUUGGCAGCUUGCACAGCAGCAGCAGCAGCAGCAAUUUCAGAAUAUUUUUGCGUGUGUCAAUCUGCGCUUGCACGUGCCUGCAAUGCAUGGCUCCAGCAAUCCCUGGGGAAUCUCCCCCUUCCCAGGAAAAUCCCAGCUCCAGCUUCUCCCAUGUGGCCAUGUGUGCUCAGCAGGGAGUCAGGGGAGAGGGAGAAAGCUGCUGCUUUAAAGCACUUGGUUCCAGAGGUGAAACAGAAUUUAGGAGAGAUGAAAAUCAGCCUGGGAAACUCGUGGCAUAUCCAAGCAUUGCCAUGCAGAUCCACCUUGUUGUUGGUUUGUUUUUUUUUUUUUUCCCUGCUGGGAAAAUGAAGCAGAAUGGCAAUUCCUGGUCUCCACCCCUGCAGAUGUUUGGCUGUGAUGGAAAUUUGAGCCCUGGAAUCACAGGAGUAAAACCCCAAGAGGUUCUGAGCUCAGAGCAGUGGCAGCACCUCACUGCCAGGGCUGCUGCUCUCCUGCCUCACUCAUCCACAUCCUACCUGGCCAGAUUUUGGGGAGGAAGCGCCUCAAAGUGAGCAAAUCAAACCUGUGAUGCUGACCCUGAGAAUCCCUGGUUUAUCAGGAGCCCGUGGGCUGAAGUUUUGCAGCUAUUCCUCAUUGCAGUGCAGAGGAAUUGGGCAAGACUCUUGUAUCCAAAGCUUUCAGAGCUGUUCUGGAGCUGUGGAAAAGCAACAACUGGGAUGCAGGGCAGCUCUCUGCAGGGCUGGUGCAGAAGUCUGGGAGGGGAAAACACCAGGCAAAGUAUUUUCCUUCCAGGGGCAUCCUCAAUACCUGGAAAAUUGAAAGGCUAAAUACUGGAAAAGUUGGUCUAAAAGAGGAGCUAAUUCAGGGCUCCUUUUUGCUGCUUUUGUUUUCAUGUGUUGGUUUUGGGGUGAGGAAAGCAAACAGAGAGCAAACAGCCAGUGUGUCAAAUUUGGAUUCAAUCAAACUUUUUGUUCCUACAAUAACUGCUGGCGGAGAUUUUUAAAAUGUAUCGAGGGCAACAAAACCGGCCUUAAUUAACUGAGACAUUAAUGCUCCUUGCUUCUGAGCCUGCUUUUGUGUUCUCCUCUCUGUGUGAUCGUGGCAUGGAAUCCUGUCUUAACAAAAGCCACUUCCCAGCAGCCCAGAGGAUGCUCAGGAACAGAGAUGGGGUUGGAGCAUCUCCGUGUGAGUGAGAUUCAGUGCAAAAUCCCUGCUUUGCUAAAACCCUGCAAGAUAGGCAAAUCCCCACAGUUCCCAAGGUUGAAUUCCCAUGCUCUGCUGCCUCGAAAUGCCUUUAAAAACCCCAGGCUGUGUGUGCUUUGUGAGCAGUGUGCAGCUUUUCCAGAGUGCACACACAAUUCCCCAGGCAGAGGAUGAGCAGAGCGCGGUGACUUUCAGCCGGGACUCGUCGCUUUUUCCAUUGCACAGAGUUAAAACCACCACUUCUGCCAGCUGCCCGGGGAAUUUGAUAUUCAGUGCCAAUUCAUUUUUGUAACAGGAGCAGGGAUUUAUCCCCUUGGCUCCCCCAGGCACCUUCAGUCUCAGACUCAAAGGUUGGGUUGGAGUCUUGCACUUUCCAGUGGCCUUUUCCUGAAGAGCAGCGGUGCCACGGUGAGGACGGGGACUGGGCUGGGGAAGGUGGCAGCUUCGGGGCAGGGAACUCCCAAAUUUUCCAUUGUAAACCCUUCAGAUGUGGGUAAAUCCUGCUGGGCUGGCUGGGGCUCCCGGGCCUGGCUGCUCCCUGCUCCCCUCACACCCUCAGGUCACUGUGCCUUCAUCCGCUCAAGGAAACCAUGCCAAGAUUUGAGCCUGGCACUCUCACUUUGCAUCCCAUCCCCCAGGUGUGUGGGGGGCAGGGGGAGCUCCUUUUGCAGCUGCUUUUUGUGUGAUCCCAGGGUAGGUUUGUGCAGGGGGGGUGACCUGAGCUGUGUGUGAUCCUACCAGUGCUUUAAGCAGCCAGAAACAUGGUUCUUCCCCUACCUCCGAGCUCUCAAUGCUGCUAAAAUCUCUGCCAUUCGUCCCCCGUGCUCCAGCCCCUCUCUCAGACUGGCUCUGGCUCUGUUUGCAAGAUAUCCACAUUGUUCUGAAGCAUGCACCUCUCUCUGUAUAGUCCCAAUCUUCUGAUUUUAUGGAAUACUUAUGCCUGUUUGCAUUACGGUCCAAAUAAAAAAGUGAACUAAAA